AUGUAUGUGAGCUCUCUCUUGGAUAAGGAGAACAGCAUGUAUCCAGGAUCUGCAAGGAGUAACAACAACCUGCCAGUGCAAAACUUUGUGUCUACUCCGUCCUAUCCAGAUUACAUGGGAUAUCAUCAUGUGCCAGCUCUGGACACCCACGGCCAGCCUGCGGGAACCUGGGGAUCCCACUAUGGCCCGCAGAGGGAGGACUGGAAUGCUUACGGCCCAGGACCUUCCAGCACGGUCGCUGCUGCUCAGAUCAAUGGCUCAUCUCCUGGACAGGUCUCCUACGCUUCUGCUGAUUACAGCUCCCUCCAUCCCGCUGGAUCUGGGGGGUUACCUCCUGUAGAUACAAUUAAUACACAGCAAAUCUCUCCCAACAGCCAAAGGCACAGCUCUUAUGAAUGGAUGAGGAAAACGAUGCAAGCUAAUACUACUGGUAAAACAAGAACAAAAGAAAAGUACCGAGUUGUUUAUACAGAUCAUCAGAGACUAGAAUUAGAGAAGGAAUUUCACUGCAACAGAUAUAUUACCAUCAGGAGAAAGUCAGAACUGGCAGCAAACCUGGGACUAUCUGAAAGACAGGUGAAAAUCUGGUUCCAGAACCGCCGAGCGAAAGAAAGAAAACUGAUCAAGAAGAAAAUCUCUCAGUUUGAUGGCAGCGGGGGCUCAGCUCAGAGUGACUCUGGGUCACUCAGUCCAAACGAAAUAUCCAGUUCUCUGUUCCCACCACCACACGGAAUAAAUGGAUUACAGCCUAAUGACAUUCAUCAGGUCAUAGUUUCAGAAUGA